AUGUCUCAGGAACCGAAGAUCUUGUCGACGGAAGACAUGGAUACGAAGGACGCGAAGUGGGUGAGCUUGAAGAAGAUACAUUGGCAAGAUCAUGAAGGCAAGAAGAGAGUAUGGGAAGCUGCAGAGAGGAGGACCAGAGGUUCAUCGGGUGUCGAUGCUGUAGCGAUCCUCGCUCUUAUUCAUUCAAAGACGAAGGCUUUCCCUCUCUCUACAGUCAUCAUCGAACAGUAUAGACCUCCGUUAGACAAGUUCAUCGUAGAGCUCCCUGCCGGCCUGAUCGACGAAGGUGAAGAUGGCGAAAAGGCUGCCAUUCGCGAACUUGAAGAAGAGACGGGCUAUAUAGCACACGGAGUCGUGCAGUCAUCAGCAGUUCUGGCCACUGACCCAGGAAUGACGACGACCAAUAUGCAGCUCGUCACUCUGGAUGUUCCACUAGCGGACAAACUUGAGACCCCAGAUCAGAAGCUGGAGGAGGGAGAAUCCAUCGUGAAACGCGUGGUAGCGCUUAGUGGGUUGUACCAAGAAUUGAAAGAAUAUGAGAAGAAGAACUUCAUGGUCGACGCCCGUCUCAUGCAUCUCGCGGCUGGAUUUGACCUUGCAGAGAAGGUUCGUAAUGGUGAUUCCCCCUGA